AUGCCAGCCAGGCACCUGCUCGCGCUCCUCGGGAAAGCUCUCGUGGCCCAUGCUUGGCUCGGAGGCACGUCCGCACCCUCGCUGCCUCCUCCACCACAGCCACCACCCGAUUGCUGGUUCAUGGGAAAGAAGGUGUACGCCUCGCUGCCUCACCAGCCGAGAGCGAAGGAACCGGGAGGGGCGUAUCAAAAGCUCGCCGAGGAUCAGAUGGAGCCGGGUGAAGCUGUUCUGGAGAAGCCAGCGUCGCCAGUCAUCGUCCGAUGCGGGCAAUACAAUGUGCUCGCAUCGUACCUGGGGGAUAAUCGGCAGCCGUGGUUCUUGCAUGGGCUAAGCACGCUUACCCAGGAUCGCCGUUCAAAGAUCAUCGAGAAGUUCUACGAGCGUGACGAGUCGGGGCGAUACAAGAAUGUUGGCUGGCCGCGGUGGGCGGAGGAGCUGAUGACGGCGGAGGAGCAGCAGCUCGUCGAGGAGGAGCACGAGCGUCAUUUUAAGUGGGAGGCGCGGAAGGAGCGACUGUUGCAGCGUAUUGUUGCGCUGGACGCAGACGUGCUCUCCCUCGUCGAACUCGACCGCUGGGAGGACUGGUUCGCGCCAGCGCUCAAGCAGCACGGCUACUCAUCAAUUUGGUGCAAGCGUCCGCGCGAGACCUCGCACGAUGGAUGCGCUGUGUUCUGGCGAGACCCCUUCUCGCUGAUUGCCCACAAGAGCAUCGAGUUUAUCGACCGGGCCGACCCCGUCACAGGACGCACCUACAAAGAUCGUGUCUGCAUCUUUGCGCUCCUGCAGACCACGUGUGGCCAAAGGAUGCUCUUCCUCUCGACGCACCUCGCGAGGAACCCUGACGACCCAACCAUGGAUCGCAUCCGAGUGCGCGAGACAGCACAACUUCUCUACGCGCUCACCGCCUUUGCCCGAGAGCAUGGGGCGAUCGACGCGCCCGUGGUGAUGGCGGGGGAUUUCAACACCACAAACUUUCGUCAGCUAGCGGCAGCGGCCAGGACGCUCUUCGAGCUCAGCCACGAGACGGUGCACCCAUUCGUCUUCAAUGCCUUUGCGGCUGCCUCCCAGCCCACAUCGGUCACUGCUUGCCGCAAGAUGUGCAUCGACUACAUCUUUUUCGAGCCCUCGAAGCUCGAGCUGCUCGAGGUGCUCGACCAGCCAGCCCUCGAGUGCUGCAAGCCGAUCCCGAACGCCGAACACCCGUCGGACCACCUGCCGGUGCUGCUCACGAUGCGUUUCCGGCCUUCCGCAUACCACCAAGUCCAUCUGGCUCGUGCUUGGGCGCAGAUGCUGCUGAGUCACGACGGCAUCAGCGACGUCCUCGACGAGUCGCAGUGCAGCGUCCCUCCAGAAAAACGCCUCGAGCGGCCGCUCGCGUCGACGCAGCUCGACGCAGCCUUUGACUUCUUUGCUGGCAGCUGCGCCACCCACGACAGCAUUGGCGAGGAGGCGCUGGUUGCUCGCUUCAGAAGCCUCGGCAGCGACUUGGCUCCUCACGCCCCGGCACUGGUCAAGAUCCUGCGCGAGGCGUCCGUCCCGGCGGAUGGAGAACCAUUCCCGCCGCUCAGCCGUUCGACAUUCAGGGACUGCUACCUGCACGCGCUGCGCAUGCAGGAAAGGUCCUCGCGUGAUGUCCAAUGGGCCUUCGCAUUUUUCGACGCCGACGGCAGCGGUCGGUUGCGACACGAAGAGCUCCGCACCGGCUUCGCGGCGUUGUUCGGUGGCGGCGCCGUUAGCGCAUCGUACCUGCCGCCUCCGCGCGCCCCGCGCGCGGCCGCUGCGGCUGCAGCCCGUCCGCUGUGCCGGGUGGGCCCGCAAGCUCACUCGGUGGCGGCGAGGAUGCCCGCCACGAGCAUAAUGACGUGCGCCGGCAUGUGUCCGGCCGGCGUCUGCUUCGGGUUGAGCUUGAGGCCGGCAUACGUCGGGCCGAGGAAGGCGCAGCCGGACAUCAUGAUGGCGGCGAACUUGGACGUGUCGGCGCCCAUCGCCUUGGUGUGGAUCAUGUGCGAGAGCAGGCACAUCAGGAAGCCGAUGAAGCGUGCGAAGAAGAUGUGGUACUUGUCGGGCGACUUGCUGAAGUUGAUGUCGAUGAGGACUUUUGGCACGAGGAGGAAGCCGCCGCCGUACGCGGCGCCGGUGGCUACCGCAAAGUUCAGGAAGGUGACCGGGCCGGUGGGCACCUCGAUCUGGAGCCGACUGCCCAUCGCAGCAUACGCGAGCAGGAGGCCGCCGAGCGCCGAGAUGCCCGAGAGGACUCCGCUCUUGGUCGGCUUGAUUUUGGGCAGCGCCAGCGCGGGCGAGGCCUUGACCUUGGGCGCCGGCUUCGCCUUGGAGGGCGACUUUUUCGGCUCCGACCUGAGGGGCGAGGGUGGGGUGGAGCGUCAAGAUCGCCCCGCUGCGCGCCGCGCCCAGGGGCGGCAGCCGGGCGCAGGGCGGAGCAGCGCACGCUGCUGCUGA